GUGAGCCGAGAAGAGUCGGGACUCGGCUGCUUGGAAUCUGAGGUUAAUUUGGGUUUUGUUUGCCGGUAGAUGAGCCCGAAUUGUGGAAUUAGAGGAAUUUAGACAUCGACCGGCAGACAUGCAGACGCCCUCCGGAAGGGGCCGCUCGGUACCUUUGGAGAGCUGGUCAGCUUGUGCCUGGUAAUAUUCCGCAACCAUCUUUCAUCGCGACCUACCACACUAAUGGAUACUUAUGAACUUGUGCUGCCAGUUUGUGAUCUACUCCAGCAAAACCAUUUGCUAUGACAGCUGUGUUUUACCUGUGACUUUGCCUGAUCAUGGUUGAGAUGGUGGAUCCCAAGUGAAUCAGUCUGAACCACAAAGCAUCCAGCCAUGUCGGAAAGAAACCGGGAGCGUUGGAAGCAAUGUUGCAGAGCAACUGCAAAGAGAUUGCCAGUGCUAACGUGGCUUCCCAAGUAUUCUCUGCAAUGGCUACAGCUGGAUUUUAUGGCCGGACUGACUGUGGGGAUGACAGUAGUGCCACAAGCUCUUGCUUAUGCUGUGGUGGCUGGUCUCCCCGUAGAGUAUGGUCUGUACUCUUCCUUUAUGGGUUGUUUCAUCUACUGCUUUUUGGGGACUUCCAAAGAUGUAACGCUUGGCCCAACGGCCAUCAUGUCCCUCUUGGUUUCUUCCUACGCAUUCCAUGAUCCCGACUUGGCCGUUCUCCUCGCCUUUCUUUCAGGUUGCAUCCAGUUAGCUAUGGGAGUCCUCCAUCUUGGUUUCAUUUUGGACUUUAUCUCGUAUCCUGUCAUUAAAGGCUUUACUUCAGCUGCUGCAGUCACCAUUGGCUUCAACCAAGUUAAAACACUUCUGGGUUUGCAGCACAUUCCAAAGCAGUUUAUCCUACAAGUGUAUUAUACUUUCUGCAGAAUUAGUGAGACAAGGGCUGGAGAUGCCAUCCUUGGGGUCUGCUGCCUAAUAGUGCUUAUGGUCCUUCAGCAAAUGAAAAAAAGCAUCCCCAGGACCCAUCUGAUGGAAACCUUGCCUGUCAGAAUCAGUCGAUAUAUAAUUUGGACAACAGCUACAGCCCGUAAUGCUCUUGUGGUUCUCUUGGCUGGUCUUGUGGCCUAUUCUUUCCAAGUGACUGGCUCCCAGCCUUUCAGCCUGACAGGAACGAUUCCCCAGGGACUCCCUCUGUUCCAGCCACCACCGUUCUCCAUCAUCACACCCAAUCAGACUAUUAAUUUUAAGGAAAUGGUGCAGGGCAUUGGUCCUGGUUUGGCGGUGGUGCCUCUCAUGGGACUGCUGGAGACGGUUGCUAUUGCCAAAGCAUUUGCCUCUCAAAAUAACUACCAGAUUGAUCCCAACCAGGAGCUGCUAGCCAUGGGGUUUACCAACCUGUUGGGAUCCUUUGUCUCAUCCUAUCCAGUCACAGGUAGUUUUGGCCGGACAGCAGUGAAUGCUCAGACUGGUGUAUGUACUCCUGCUGGAGGACUAAUUACAGGGGCCUUAGUACUCUUAUCUCUAGCCUACCUUACGUCCCUGUUUUACUACAUUCCCAAGGCAGCACUGGCAGCAGUCAUCAUCUGUGCUGUGGCUCCGAUGUUCGAUGCCAGGAUCUUCCGCACAUUAUGGCAGGUUAAAAGGCUAGAUCUGGUGCCUCUUUGUGUUACGUUCUUUGUUUGUUUCUGGGAAGUGCAAUAUGGCAUCAUAGCGGGGGUGAUGGUUUCUGGAAUCCUCCUGCUCUACCCCCUCGCCAGGCCUCGGAUAAAGGUUGUGAGAGACAAGGCAAUAGUCAUAAAGCCUGAGAAUGGCCUUCAAUUCCCUGCAAUUGAUUUCCUCCGGGAUACUGUACACAAGCAAGCUCUAUCAGAGUCUCAGCAAUGCAGUGUCAUUCUGGACUGCAGCCACAUCAGCAACAUUGACUAUAGUGUGGUAUUGGGUCUGUCAGAACUUCUGCAGGAAUUUCAGCUCCAGGAACUUUGCUUGAUCUUCGUUGGCUUGCAGGCUCACGUGCUUGAAGUCUUCCGGGCUGCUGACUUGAAGGGUUUCCGUAAUUUUUCCACCCUAAAUGAUGCAGAAAAAAAUCUUGGAGAAUUGCACAUUGCCACUGAAGAAGACAUGUUGGGUGACAGCAGCAGCAUACUGAGUACAACUGGCAUCAUCCAGUGAAGGAAGUGAGCUCAUUAAGGACUGUAUCCAUCUAACAGGAGAACCUCAGCUUUGGGUCUACAGAAUGGUGCAAUAGAGCCUUAGCAGAGUCUGUAGCCACUUUAUGAUUUAUGGGCAUUAAUAUACAUCUCAGUCGGGAUUCAGAAAUCAUGGGCACUUAGGAAUUUUUUUAAUAGGAAAAAUGAGAAACUUCAACUCAACAAAUACAGAUACAAACAAAGAAUUGAAAAUCAUUUCAGGGAUCUAGGAAAAACUUGUGAAAUCAGUGUGGGUUAAAUACUUCCAUGACUGUAGCUUAUCACAUGGGUGCUUUUAACAUUUCUGAAAUUAAUGAUAUUAUUAAUGGAACACUAUUCUUCUGAAUUGCACUGUCUAUGGCAAAUCAUUUCCAGCUAUACUGUGUAUACUGUAAUCUGUAAUAUUCAUUUCAAUAAAAAAUGAAAUGUU